AUGGCCGUGCAAACUUCCGAAACAAGCUACUAUCUCCACACCAGACAAACCACACCCCAGCAAUUUGACAAAGAACCACCAUCCAACUUCAACUCCUCAAAGUUAACCAAAAUCAUCAUACACGGGUAUAGGCAGAGUUCAAAAAGGCAGUGGUACCGGCAGAUGACCAAUGAGUACCUGAAGAGAGGGGACUUUAAUAUCGUGCAAGUCGACUGGGCGAGUCUUGCAUCGGGCAGCUAUUUCACAGCCGCUCGCAAUACCGCGAUCGUUGGAGCAAACCUCGGCGAACUGGUAGCGAAUUUGCGGCAAAACUCAGUGAAGGUACAUUUAAUCGGUCACUCUCUGGGGGCGCACGUUGCCGGGCAUGCGGGGCGAAGGGUUUUUAAAUCGUUAGGAAACAGCAGGGUUGGUCGAAUUACCGGAUUGGAUCCGGCGGGUCCGCUAUUCGAAUCGCCGCGAUUGUUGCGGGGUUUGACGCGGACCGAUGCCGAAAUUGUUGAUGUAAUACACACGGAUGGGGGUAUGUUCGGGUGUAAGAAUCCAUUGGGUACCGUCGACUUUUACCCGAAUGGUGGGGUACGCCAUCAACCGGGGUGUUCGCCGUCAGACUUGCGGACGGAACUCCGCAGCUUACAUGACAUUGUGUUUUGCAGCCACGAGAAGAGUUAUGGAUACUUUAUAGAAUCUAUUAAUAAUCGCGUCUUUGAAGGGAGGAAAUGUAACAGUUGGCUCAGACGAAAUUGUAGCGGCGUUGUUGCGGUAAUGGGAGAGGGCUACGUGAGGAAACCAGAUUUAUUGGGAGUAUUUUAUUUGAAUACUACUCAGUUUUAG